AAACCGGACUCCUAGAGACGAUGAGCUGUUUGUGGCCAGACUAGACGAGACCUUUAAGUACAGACCUUUGGAUCGCUCGGUCACGUGACUCGUUUCCUACAACCUGCCUGUCUUCUCCCAGCUGGCCGUCCGCUCCCUCCACCAAAAAAACAAACACAGAAUGGCACAGGCUCCUAUGUCAUGUGAUUGUUUUGUCUCCUUACCCCCUGGUUCUCGGGAUGACCAAGUGAUUUUUGGGAAGAACUCGGACCGUCCCCGGGAUGAGGUGCAGGAGGUGGUCUACCACCCUGCAGCCUCUCAUCCUCCAGGAUCCACGCUGGAGUGCACAUACAUCCAGAUCCCUCAGGUAGAGAAAACCUAUGCCGUCGUCCUCAGUAAACCUGCCUGGCUGUGGGGUGCUGAAAUGGGAGCUAAUAACCAAGGAGUGUGUAUUGGCAAUGAGGCAGUAUGGACACGAGAACCAGUGGUUCCUGGAGAAGCUUUGCUGGGGAUGGAUCUCGUCCGGCUUGGGCUGGAGCGUGGUGACAGUGCUUGGGCAGCACUGACUGUCAUCACUGGGCUCUUGGAGCAGCAUGGCCAGGGGGGGCAGUGCAAGGAGGACCCUGAACCCUUCAGCUACCACAACACCUUCCUCCUGGUGGACCGAAAUGAGGCUUGGGUGCUAGAAACUGCUGGGAGGCUCUGGGUGGCACAGAAAAUCUCAGAGGGUGUGAAGAACAUAUCCAAUCAACUUACCAUCCACACUGAGAUCUCAGCAGAACACCCUGAACUGCGGAGUGUGGCCAAGGCUCAGGGGUGGUGGGAUGGCCAGGGAGAGUUUAAUUUUUCUCAGGUGUUUAGUCCAGAAAACCCUCCUGCAAGGAUGGAUCUGGCCAAAAAGCGCUACAAGGGAGGCACAGAACUGCUCCAGCAGUACGAUGGCACAGUGACAGCAGAAGUAAUGAUGUCUAUUCUGAGAGAUAAACCCAGUGGCAUCUGUAUGGACUCUGGAGGAUUUUGCACCACAGGCAGCAUGGUGUCUGUACUGCCCAGAGACACUAGCCUUCCCUGCAUCCACUUCUUCACUGCCACCCCAGACCCAUCCAGGUCGAUAUUCAAGCCUUUUAUCUUCUCGGACUGUCCCAUCCCGGUCCCGAGAGUGGUCUCUCCACAGUUCGGACCAAAUGAUCCCGUCAGGAAGCAGCCACGCUUUCAGAGCCGGGUGGACCGCCGACAUGAUCUCUACAAGGCCCAUCAGGUGGCACUCAACACUAUGGAGACCAAACCGAAUGAAGGUUUAGCCAUCUACGAUAUCCUGAGGGAUCUGGAGUCGCAGUGUCUGAGUGAAAUCUCAGCAAUGCUCGGCGGAGAGAUACCUGGAGACGAACUGGGGGACCUGUUCUUUGAUUGUGUGGACACCGAGAUUAAGUUCUACCAGUGAGAAGUGCCCUCAGAUGGAAACCCUCAGCACUCAAAGCGUGGCGGGAGGAGGCCCUGGGAAUUGUGACAAAAUAUUUUUUUUAAAGUCCUGUGUUACUUCUUCUGGUCGGCCACAGCCUCACCUUAUGCAACCUGCAUUUCUGACCCCAUUCCAUCACUAACACAGACUAAGCUGCAAAUGCAAUCGGAGCAUAUUUAUCAUCUGUAUCACCCAGGGAGCAAUGACUGCACCUCGUUAGUGAGUAUACUGAUGUAGACUACACGGGCGCCUAUGUAGAGAUGUGUGAUUGUUGCACAAAUACUCUGAGUACAACAUUUCUUAAACAGUUUGUUUGCUGCACAUUAACAAGAACUCAUCUGGUUUGAAGGCUGCCCUUAGGGAGACAUCUAAUAAAGGAUGUGUAUAGCCUGUCCAAA